AUGGGUGCUUGUGAAUCCGUCUCGGAAAAAUCCAUCCAUGAAUUCACGGUCAAGGAUGCUAAGGGCAGAGACGUGAGCCUCACCACCUACAAGGGGAAGGUUCUUCUGGUAGUUAACGUCGCUUCAAAAUGCGGAUUUACGAAUACCAAUUACACCCAGUUAACAGAGCUUUAUAGCAGAUACAAAGACAAAGGUCUGGAGAUACUAGCAUUUCCAUGCAACCAAUUUCUGAAGCAAGAGCCCGGGAGUAGCCAGGACGCAGAGCAAUUUGCCUGUACAAGGUUCAAGGCAGAGUAUCCCAUUUUUGGAAAGGUACGUGUCAAUGGACCCGAUACAGUACCUGUCUACAAAUUCCUUAAAGCACAUAAACCAGGAUUUUUGGGUUCUAGGAUAAAGUGGAAUUUCACCAAGUUUUUGGUUGACAAGGAUGGGCAUGUCCUCCGGCGUUAUGCUCCAAUCACCUCACCGUUGUCCAUUGAAAAUGACAUCAAGAUGGCAUUGGGGAUGGCUUGA